GCAACCUUUCCUCUUUCAUAUUCUCUCUUCUCUCUCUUUCAUUGGCCUUUCACUCUCUCUCUUUCCAUUACAACUUUUCCACUUCCCUCAACAGACAUCCCUCCUCUUUCUCCUCUUCUCUUCUUCUUCUUCCCCACUUCUUUCUAAAACCCCAUUUUCAAUUCUUCAUUUUACAGUCCCUGAUGAUCGCACUAGCGUCAAGUUAAGAAGAGAUCAAACCAAAAACCAUCCCAUCAAUGGGUUCCUGUGCUUCAAUCCAUAGAAAUUCCGAUUCCGCCAUGAAAUUCAGACUUUCACUUGCCUCCAAAACCAACGAUAUGCCAAUUCCCCCUUCACCCAUCAAAGAUAACAACACUCCCAUCAACGCCAGCCUCUUCCCCAAAUCUCAAACCUCCCCUUCUCACUUGGGUAGCAAAGAUGAAGCGUUUUUCGAUUCUCGAGGCUGGUUGGAUUCGGAUUGUGAAGAUGAUUUCUACAGUGUCAAUGGUGAUUUCACUCCUUCACGAGGAAACACUCCGGUACACUCCAGCUUCUCCUUUGGUACUCCUCGGAUCAAUCAAGUUCAUGUCGUUGAUGAUCGAACUCCAAUCGCCAUUCCUGAACCAUCACCAACAGGAAAGAAGAAGCUGGCUGAUCUUUUCAGGGAGAGCUCUAGAAAUGGCACAGACAUACAAGCCAAACCAACUCUAAAUGAACUUGCCUUGCAGUCGAAUCCCGAAACGCCUUACAUGUCAGGAACAAACUCCGUAUGCAGCAGCGAGAGGACCCCAAAUGGAGAUGUCUUGAGUGAGAAGGAGAGGCCAUUUGGAUCUGUACAAUGCUGCCUCCCGAGCUUGGGAUCAUGCCGUAGCUUCGGUGACCGGAGGAAGAAGGCGAGUCCUGCCAUAGCCGUAUAAUACAAGCUUCGAAACAUGCCAUAAGCUGCGAAAUCCCCUCUGAUUCUGCCAUUAAGACACCCCAAAGCUCAUGGAGCUCACAAUUGUUCACAAAUGUGUAAAGUUCUGAAAUAUCAGAUACAGAUGCAGCAGCAGUGAUCCAUAGCAUAUCAGAAUAUUGCUGUUGUUGAAGGCAAUGGUUAUAUAUAUACAUACAUAUAUAUGUCAGACUCCUAGUACAGUAUCUCAUAUCAUAUCAGAAUAUGUAAGAAAACAUAGAGGAGAGAGGAAAAGGAAAGGGAAGUAAAGUAAUAUGACUCUUUUUUUUGGCACCUUAAGUUUGUUUCUUACUAUGAGAAUUAUAAUAAACAGCCUAUGUGUUAGUUAAUAAAAGAAAAAUAAAUUAAUUAUUAUUAUAAA